AUGGAAGAUUCAUCACUUCUUUUAAAGAUUCAAUUUUCUUCUGAAACACAAUCAUUAAAUCAAUAUUAUUAUCAAAAUUUUAUCAUACCAAAUAAACAUCGUAUUGUUUCACUUCAUUUUCAUAAUGAAUCAAUUCUCUAUAAAUUCUUAAAUAUAUGUACUAUUGAUUCAUCAUUUAAUCGUCUUGAAUCACUUAUUCUUAAUAGAAUUUCAACAUUUAAAUUAGCAAUACUUCUCUUUCAUUUAAAAUCUUUAACUCGUCCCGUUUCAUUAACUAUUUAUCUUGAGUAUUGUUCUGAUGAUCUUGAGGAUAUUUAUCAAAUUAUUUUUCGUUUAUCUUUCUUAAAAUACUUUGAAUUAGUAAUAUCAGAAUAUGAAGAAUCAGAUAUAGCUAUAUCAUAUGCUACUAAUGAACAAUAUUCUAGAAUUAAAUAUCUGAGUAUCUAUCAUCAUUAUACUUUCAAUGAACUUACGUAUAUACUUUCUUGUACAUCUCAACUUACUCAUCUAUAUUGUUUCUAUAUAUCUCAAUCAGAUGAAAUUAUUGAACAUCAAAUCUUGAUGACAUUGCCUAAUUUAAUACAUAUUACUCUUUGUUUAUAUGAUAUAGAUUUCGAUGAAUUUAAACAAUUCAUUAUUCAAAUAUCUUCUCAAUUGAAAUGUUUAAGUGUUACAAUUCAA